AUGACCAUGGGAGGCCCUCGCAGUGCUUUUCCCACCUCUUCCAGCUCCACCAUGCACUCCACUACUUCAGCCACCGACCAGACCUCUGCUCACACCGGCAUCGCCGCUCCAGACGAAGGUGUAAGUAGCAGAGUGGUGGCAGAGAUGCUUGGCGCUGAGGGCGGGACUGGCAACAGUGGGAGUGCUGGUGGCGGCAGGGCUGGCGGCGAGAAAGGAGGAGGGGCCGGAUCCCUAGGAGGAGGAGGAGGAGGAGGAGGAAGAGGGGGGGCAUCCCAGGAGGCCCAGCAGCACCACCAGAUGACCCCCUCCAAACGGCGGACGGUGCUGAACAUCUCGCCUCCGCCCGAGGACCUGUUUGACGACAGCUGCAUGUCCUGCCAGGAGGAUCAGCUCCAGGACUCAGAGCAGAGCAACAGCAUCUGGAUGGAUGACUCCGCCUCCAACUUCAGCAUCGUCAGCUCCAGCUCCUACAACGACAACACAGAGGUGCCCCGGAAGUCCCGCAAGCGCACCCCCCGCCAGCGACCCGGCCCCAAGCCUGCCUCGACCGAGGAGGCCAGCAUGGACGUGUUUGAUGCAGACAGUGCCAAAGGGCCGCACUUUGUGCUCUCGCAGCUGGGCUCAGACAGCAAGGCCUGUACCAAAGGAAGGUGGGUGCCCCUGGAUCUCUUUUACAGUGAAAUUAGCCCAUGUGGAAACCUAUCUAACCUACUGUUUACUUCCUUUUGGUCUGCAGAGUUAACUUUCCUUUUCUUUUACAUCUCUGAUAUAGCUCUAUGGAAGUUGUGGUUAAGUUUCAGUUCUCAGUUUGAAUCUUGAACAUUUAAGACAAGUUACAUGUCAGAGAAAGUGAUUAAUUCAUAGAAAAACACUGAUAGACUUAUACCAUUGAAAUUGGCAGUGGCCAUUAACAAUUACAAUUGAAUGGACAUCUCAACAGAACUGUUCAUUUUAUACCUUGCCUGAUUUUUGAAGAAGUUGAUCUAAAUUAGCUCCAUACUUAUUCCCAUUGUUAAGAGGUGUAAAACCACUAUACAACAAGCAGAAAUCGUACCAAACCACUGGCUGAACGUUUUCCUCUGUGCUUGAAGAAGAGCGGGCAGAUCAGAGGCUAGGGAGGGGCAGGAUACCACAGCACAAACAAUGGUCAGCCAUGGUGAAUCACACUGAGCCUCUUUUGAAAAGCGUUGAGAAAGCAGAGCAGAUUAAAUAAACCGAUAAGUCUGGAUCCCCUAAGAGGUUCUGAUGGACUCUGCUUGGUAGUGGGCCUCCAAACUCUGCAUUGCUCGCUAGUGUCACUGGGAAACCAUGGCAACUAUUUGGGGAUCCCUCACUAGUCUCCUGCUGCUCUCUAGUUCCAAAUACCCCCUAUGCUCCACCAUACACACACACACACACACACACACACACACACACAGAUAUUUGCUGGUGGGGUCACAGCUUGGCUGGAACUUUGAUAGUAAGUGGACGGUCUCCAAGUCCUGUCAAGUUCUCUUCUACCGAGAGGACGUUUGGUGCCAGCAGUGGAGCUGCUCUUUCCUCCCCUUACAUAAAUGAACACAAGGAGGAGAGUAGGAGUGGGGGGUGAGGGUUGCUGCCAGUGCCACCCAACGCCAAGUUGUGCACCCUCAGUCCCCAAUGAUUACAAGGACACAGGCAGGGUUAGGGUUAGCAGGGGACAGUGCUGUGAAUGAGUGAAAGGAAACAGUCCCCUGCAUUAUAUAUAAGCAAGCGUAUUGUAGUCAAUGGUAGUGUUGCUUGUUUCAAUGUAGGUUGUUUAGGAGCUGUUGGGCUGACACUGUAGCUAACCAGUCUGUCUUGCAGUUCGGCAGAUGGCCCCCAGACAACCCAUCAGAAAGGGGGGACCCUAGCGAGCCAGUUCCCUCAGAAGAGUGAGGGCAAAGAGCUGAAGAUCCUGGUCCAGCCUGAGACCCAGCACAGAGCCCGCUACCUGACUGAGGGCAGCAGGGGGUCAGUGAAGGACCGCACUCAGCAGGGCUUCCCCACCAUAAAGGUAUGCCUUAAACCAACAACAAGAACAGGGGUGCUGGGCUGGGGCAUCUAGGGCUUUUUGUGGACAGUCAGUGCCCCAUACACUGUUCACUGUUUUGACUCUACUCCUUUGUAAGUAUGCCUUUAUCUGUCCUUCACCAAACACCACCAUCAACCUGCUCCAUACUCAUUGUUACAUAACACCUCUACAUUGGGUUAACAUGCGUAAGUCAGUGAUUCAGUGAUUGUCACAGGCUAUGUAGAAAUUGUAUAAGUGAUGCAACGUAUCAACCCCAGGGUAUUUUCUUUUUAUGAAAUAAGGUUUUAUAGCUAGCUGUUACAACACACCUUGUAAGGCAGCACUCAGUUGGUAGAGCAUGGCGCUUGCAACGCCAGGAUAGUGGGUUCAAUUCCCGGGACCACCGGUACGUAAAAUGUAUGCAUGCAUGACUGUAAGUCGCUUUGGUGCCUGCUAAAUAUUAUAUAACCUACAUAAAAACAACAGAUGUUCUUGUCCACCGAGAAAAGAGGUAACUAUCAUUAUUCUCUUGAAGUGAUUACAACGCCAAAUCGUGACUUUGUUUGCAUUUCUUUGUCAUAUCUCUGUAUCAACAAUGCUAUUCACAAUGUAUUGCAUACCUCAAAUGUUUUACUCAAAGUAAAUGGCAAAACAGGCAGUUGUGCAGUUGCAGUUCUAUUAUCAUAGAAUGCUAUAAGAUAUGGCAUUAUCAUCUUACUAAGCAGAAAGCUGGCACUAUCUAUCACGUAUUCACUUUUGUACAUUAUUUUAGCUGCACCCUUUUGGCUCUUGUGAAAACUAUCACUUGCACAAUACAUUCAACGCUCGAAAUUCUCUAGUAACUUACAUAAAUAGGUAGAGUUGACUUUGGAGCAGCUGCGCUAUUUUCUGAUCUGAGUGUUCUUUGUUUCCUUCUUGUCCACAGCUGGAGGGUGUGAAUGAGGCAGUGGUGCUCCAGGUGUUUGUGGGUAAUGAUGCUGGGCGUGUGAAGCCACAUGGGUUCUAUCAGGCCUGCAGGGUGACGGGGCGCAACACCACAGCCUGCAAGGAGGUGGACACCGAGGGCACCACUGUCAUUGAAGUGUCCCUGGACCCCAGCAACAACAUGACCCUUGCGUAUGUAUCUGCUUAUUGCCAUAGCUGUUGCAAUUCUGUAAAAUCACACAUAAUGGAGACUGCUCCUCUUAGUCAUCCUCCAUUGGGAGUGUGUUAGUGGCUGUUUCAGUGUGUUAGGGGCUGUCGGGGGCUGUUGCAGCAGCAGCCGCUGGGGCCUUGGUCAGCAGGCCGGCCUGCCAGUCUAACAGCUGUGCUGUGUGUGUCUCUCUGCAGGGUGGACUGCGUGGGGAUCCUGAAGCUGCGUAACGCUGAUGUGGAAGCUCGUAUCGGGGUGGCCGGCUCCAAAAAGAAGAGCACGCGUGCCAGGCUUGUGUUUCGGGUCAACAUCCCCAGGCCGGACGGCUCGGUGCUCACAUUACAGACACCGUCGUCCCCCAUCCUGUGCAGUGAGUGGCUUUAGGUUAUUCAUAGCAUCUGCUUACCGGAGUUCUCUCAGGAACGCUGUCGGAGCUCAGAGCUGACGCACGUCACCAGGGGAUUAGGGGGAGGGAGGAAAAAGUUCCUUCAGGGGGUUGGGUGGACAGGAGGAAAGUGAAAAGGAGCUUGGGUCAGGACAAGGAUGUCAAUAAUGAAGUCUCCAUUGGGAGCCGUUACUGUCAAAAUUGGACUGGAUAGCCUUAUGAGCCAUUUGUAAUAUAGGUUAGUUUAUUGUUUUCAUCUUGUUUUUAAGUUCUAAGCUGAAGACUUGAACACUCUGAAGAGAUGAUUCAGUCUAGAAGUUCCAUUUCUAAUGCGUUAUGUAUACUUAGCAGAUCGUUUUCUAAUUUAAGUAAAUGUUCAGAGACCAUGUAUAUAGACUCUCUUCAGCGUCAUGUGUUCCUCCUGUUGUGGGCAUAGGGUGUGGCUGUGAGUGGCAAAAAUAGGAAAGACUGCUCUGGGGUAUAAGAAAUUCUAUUUGUCGGUGGUUUUAGAAGCAGAACUUCUCCAAAGAAAUUAGGGAGAGAAAGAAAGGGGGAAGAAAGAGGUGUGGACUUCUAUUGUUUACAAUGUCAGAGUGCAAUCCGACCAAGGGAAAAUCUGGCCAGAAAAUAUAAAAUAUAAAUCUCCAAUGGCGUCUGUCUGUCUGUGUGUGUUGUGCUGUGGAGCGGGGUGGUGAGAGUGAGGAAGGCCUGUGAAAACUGGGGAGGGCGGAGGAGUAGGAGGAGUCUGAGCUUGUUGUUUAUAGAAACUUGGGGAUUUCUAUUUGCCUGUGAGAAAGGGGGACUGCAAAGAUAGUGUCAACUUUACCUAUAGUACAGUCAUUUUACUGUCUGGAUAAUGAUCAUAUACAAAAAAAUUGCACAUGCACAUACACACAUCUCAAGCACAUGCACAUACACACAUCUCAAGCACAUGCACAUACACACUAUUUUAUUAAUGCCAGCUCAGCUCACAUUUUUCCUGGCAAAGCAAUUAAAGCACAAUUACUAUUUCCCCAAGAUUACAUGUGUGCCUUCCAAGAAAUCACAAGGUACUCUUGAGCAAUUGGUUUAAGCUUUUCUGUUGGCAUCCCAUGGUUCCUCCUGAGAAGGCCAGCAGUUCUGUACCCGUGACAGAAUACUAGUUAAAGAAGCCUGACAGUCUGUUUGUGUCUUGUCUACAGCCCAGCCUGCAGGGGUGCCUGAGAUUCUGAAGAAGUCCCUCCACAGUUGCUCGGUGAGGGGAGGUGAGGAGGUCUUCAUUAUUGGGAAGAACUUCCUCAAGGACACCAAAGUCAUAUUUCAGGAAAAUGUAUCAGGUAGGCCUACACAACCAAGUAUUGUCUGAAAUCCAUGUCCUUACUUUAUAUGAAUAAUGUAAACUUGGGCCAUUUUAUAUUUAUUCCUUUACCUACCAUACUAAUGAAACCGAUAAUUUUUCCCCCUAAGAUGAGAAGUCUUGGAAGGCAGAGGCUGAAAUUGACAUGGAGCUGUUUCACCAGGUAAAUAAGAUUAUUCUCUGCUUAUUGUGGUCCUAGAAUGAUUAAUGCCAAUGAUUUAACGGGUUGAUUAGAUAACAGCAGCCAUUUGAGAUUUGUAGAUUUAGAUGUAAUCAUCUUAAAUUGCUACUCACUCAGUGAGGUGAAUGGCCUCAUUGUUUUGUGACCUAAUUACUGUGAGCCACAGUGGUAAGCGUGUCUCAACAGUCCUGCAUAAACCUUUGCCCUUGGGAGCCAGAGGGUCAGAGCUGUGUUAGCUAAGCCUCAAUCAGUUGUCUGAGCCCUGAGGUGUUAGACGUCUUUCACAUAUUAUUCACAAUUUGUAACCAGGCAAAUCAUGUAAAUUCACCACUACACCUUUUACUAGUCAGCAAAGUUAGAAAGGUGUUGUGUGUCUGAACUAGUUGACGUACGGAGUCCAUUGUUUCUCUCUCUCUCUUUCAACUCUACAUUGUGCUGACGUCGCUUGAUUAUUGAAUCAAAGUAAUUUUGCACUUGCACAUGUUUUAUAAGGGAUGUUGACACACGUUUGUCACAUGACUUGAUGUACAGUGGGGGAAAAAAGUAUUUAGUCAGCCACCAAUUGUGCAAGUUCUCCCACUUAAAAAGAUGAGAGAGGCCUGUAAUUUUCAUCAUAGGUACACGUCAACUAUGACAGACAAAUUGAGGGAAAAAAAUCCAGAAAAUCACAUUGUUGGAUUUUUAAUGAAUUAUUUGCAAAUUAUGGUGGAAAAUAAGUAUUUGGUCACCUACAAACAAGCAAGAUUUCUGGCUCUCACAGACCUGUAACUUCUUCUUUAAGAGGCUCCUCUGUCCUCCACUCGUUACCUGUAUUAAUGGCACCUGUUUGAACUUGUUAUCAGUAUAAAAGACACCUGUCCACAACCUCAAACAGUCACACUCCAAACUCCACUAUGGCCAAGACCAAAGAGCUGUCAAAGGACACCAGAAACAAAAUUGUAGACCUGCACCAGGCUGGGAAGACUGAAUCUGCAAUAGGUAAGCAGCUUGGUUUGAAGAAAUCAACUGUGGGAGCAAUUAUUAGGAAAUGGAAGACAUACAAGACCACUGAUAAUCUCCCUCGAUCUGGGGCUACGCGUAAGAUCUCACCCCGUGGGGUCAAAAUGAUCACAAGAACGGUGAGCAAAAAUCCCAGAACCACACAGGGGGACCUAGUGAAUGACCUGCAGAGAGCUGGGACCAAAGUAACAAAGCCUACCAUCAGUAACACACUACGCCGCCAGGGACUCAAAUCCUGCAGUGCCAGACGUGUCCCCCUGCUUAAGCCAGUACAUGUCCAGGCCCGUCUGAAGUUUGCUAGAGUGCAUUUGGAUGAUCCAGAAGAGGAUUGGGAGAAUGUCAUAUGGUCAGAUGAAACCAAAAUAGAACUUUUUGGUAAAAACUCAACUCGUCGUGUUUGGAGGACAAAGAAUGCUGAGUUGCAUCCAAAGAACACCAUACCUACUGUGAAGCAUGGGGGUGGAAACAUCAUGCUUUGGGGCUGUUUUUCUGCAAAGGGACCAGGACGACUGAUCCGUGUAAAGGAACGAAUGAAUGGGGCCAUGUAUCGUGAGAUUCUGAGUGAAAACCUCCUUCCAUCAGCAAGGGCAUUGAAGAUGAAACGUGGCUGGGUCUUUCAGCAUGACAAUGAUCCCAAACACACCGCCCGGGCAACGAAGGAGUGGCUUCGUAAGAAGCAUUUCAAGGUCCUGGAGUGGCCUAGCCAGUCUCCAGAUCUCAACCCCAUAGAAAAUCUUUGGAGGGAGUUGAAAGUCCGUGUUUCCCAGCGACAGCCCCAAAACAUCACUGCUCUAGAGGAGAUCUGCAUGGAGGAAUGGGCCAAAAUACCAGCAACAGUGUGUGAAAACCUUGUGAAGACUUACAGAAAACGUUUGACCUGUGUCAUUGCCAACAAAGGGUAUAUAACAAAGUAUUGAGAAACUUUUGUUAUUGACCAAAUACUUAUUUUCCACCAUAAUUUGCAAAUAAAUUCAUUAAAAAUCCUACAAUGUGAUUUUCUGGAAAAAAAAAUCCUCAUUUUGUCUGUCAUAGUUGACGUGUACCUAUGAUGAAAAUUACAGGCCUCUCUCAUCUUUUUAAGUGGGAGAACUUGCACAAUUGGUGGCUGACUAAAUACUUUUUUUCCCCACUGUAUGUCAUUUUAAGCUUGGGGCUACUGUACAUUUUUGUUAGCUAAGUGGAUUUGUCUGUGAUGCGUUUCCCCUCAGAAUCACUUGAUUGUGAAGGUUCCUCCAUACCAGAACCCAGCCAUCGCGUCAGCGGUGUGUGUGGGGAUUUACGUGGUGACCAAUGCUGGCCGAUCCCAUGACGUGCAGCCUUUUACCUACACUCCAGAACCAGGUCUGUGAUAAGUCAAUGAACAAACGUUCUUCCUCUUACUCCUCCUGCGCCACCUUAAAGCAGAAUUUCCUCAGAGCACGUCUUCAGCCACUCUAAAUUACAACCAUUACUCUACCACCACUACUGGAUUAGGUGGAUAUAUCCUCUAGCCUGCUCUAAAUGUACCAUUCCAGUCUUUGGUGCAGGAAGCCAUGCCCACUCGGGAACAGAGGGGGAUUUGUCUCCUCCUUUUCUCUCUCAUCACUUCCAGUCGUCAAAAACGUCCUUUGGGCACUGUGGCACGAACUGUCAAUGAGCAAGCAGGAAGUGUCAGAGAAAGGAACUAAAACAAUUAAACAAAACAUGGAAGUGUAGAUGAUCCAUCUAAAAAAAAAACCUUUUAUAGACAGUAUGUACUAAACAUUAUACCGGAUUAGGCAGCACCCUUUACAAAACAGUCAAGUCAUACAGAUUUAUUCCUCAUUGUUUUUCCCUCUAUACAGUAACAUUUAAUUUCAUAUUAUAUUUUUGUAAAUGAAAUCCUGACAUGCAGAGGAUGGAGAAUGAGACAGGGUAUGAAGAAUAAGGUCAUCUGAUUUGCAUGUCCAUAACUCAACCUGCUUAUUUGUGUAUGUCUCAGGGGACAUAUCUGUGAAGAAAGAAGUCCCAUCUCCAGGCAAGCCCUGCUCUUUUGAUGAACGGAUGAAAGGUAGAGUAUAUCUCUACCGUGCUGUACAUGCUGUAUCGUGUGUUCUUGUUUGUAAUGUAUAGGUGUGUGUGAGGGGUGUCAAGUGUACUCCUGUAUCUUGGCUUUCAGUAUGACAAAAUUGUAACAUUGUCAUUCACGCCCCUACAGUAAUUGAUGGUGCCUUGAUGCCCCCAAUGUUGCCUCUUGUGAAGAGAGAAGAGGUCACGCCAAUGGAGGUUUCCAGCAACCUCACUUCUGCUGGCGUGUUCAAGGUAAAAUAUCUACAAAUGCAUUCAUUAGCCUUGGCUGUGAUAAUGCCUCAUUAAAUAGUUGAACCAUAUCCAUAUGAACCAUAUUUUCCACCCAAAAUAUAUAAAAAGCUAGCAGGUAUCAUCUGUUUUUUGUAUUCUCAGCGGACCCCUGAUGUCAUGUGUUCGGCCCAGCAGACGCUGGACAUGAGUUCCAACCUUCCCAACAACAGCCCGUUCUCCAACUCCUUGCCGCGGCCUGCCAGUGACCCUGACGAAUCCCAAACAGCAGUCUUCAACAGUGCAGAGGCCCUGAGCACCAUACAGAAGCAGGACAUCGCUCCCACCAACUCCUUCCCCGUGCCUGCAGACUCUCUACUCCAACCUGGGCCUCAGCAGUUCCUCCUGGAGCCCAGAGAGGGGCUGGGGCAGGACAGGGCCGGCAACAACGCUGGGGCGGUAGGGAGGCUCGGUCAACUACUGGAGGCCCCUCAGCCUGCUCCCCAGCAACACCAGCUGCCCAUAUUCCCCCCAGACGAGGUGGCCCAACUGGAACAAGCAGUGAGACAACUGCAGGCCAAAGGGUACUGCAGCCAGCAGCAACAGCGACAACAGCAACAGAUUCAACAACAACAAAUUCAACAACAGCAGCAACAAAUUCAGCAACAACAGCAACAACAAAUUCAGCAACAGCAACUACAGCAACAACAACAGAUUCAACAACAACAAAUUCAGCAACAACAAAUUCAGCAACAGCAAAUUCAACAGCAACAAAUUCAACAGCAGCAGCAGCAACAACUUCAACACCAGCAACAGCAACAGCAAGUGUUGGAGAACCUGCAGCUGUUUCAGUCACAGAUGCCCAUGCAGUGUGGCAUAUUCCAGGGCGGUUCUCGAGGUGAGAACACUGAACAGCAGGGUUCCCAGCAGGGCAUGGUGCAGAACCAUGGUUCCCUAUUUCAGCAGGCCCAACAGCAGCAGCAACAACAGAAACAGCAGCAGCAAGCAGCGCUCUUUCAGCAAGCUAAUGAGCUCCUCUCCAUUCAGACCAACUUCCUCCAGCAGACCCCUCCUCAUCCCUCUCCACCCCUCUUCCAUAACCCCAGCCCCCUGGCUGAGGCACAGGACCCACAGGGGGCGCUGUUCCACACUCAGAAGGCCUCUCCCACCCAGGAGCAGGUCCAGGCAGCCCUCUUCCAGAACACCCUGACAGUGUUGAGUAGGACCAGCCUCUCCCCAGAGCAGCCCCCCUCUGCCGCCAACCUGUUCCUCCCCCAGAGUGCCCUGCCCGGGCAGCUCUCCGCUAACGGCAGCCAGCAGCAGCAGCAGCAGCUGGCAUUCCUCAGUGCCCUGCAGACCUCUGCCCCUGAGCCCCAGUCAGUGUUCCAGGCUCAGACCCAGCUUUCCCCAAUCCAGCAGGGGACCCCCAUGGAGCAGCAGCAGCCUUCCCAGCCUCAGCCUCAGCCACCUCAGCAGAACUCCAUGUUUCAGAACAUCUCCCCUCAUCCACCUGCGAACACUCUCUCUCAGACCCAGCAGCAGCAGGCCGGCCUACUGUUCUGCAGCAACCCCCUCUCCACUCCGGAGCAGCCCCCCAGUCUGCUGUUCAGCGGCCAGGGCCAGAUGCCCCCCAUGAGCAGCAGCAGCCUGAACUCUCAGGAGCCCCAGAACCCCUCCAUGCUGUUCUCUCAGGCCAGCAUGGUGACGGUUAGCCAGCAGGAGCCCUCUGAGCCCAUGGCCUUCCAGGACCAGAGCCAGGUGGUGGGGAACCCCUCUGAGCCUCUCCAGCAGGGCCUGUUCCAAGAGCAGCAGCCCAUGCAGCUGAUCACCAGCUCCAACAAUGGCCCAGAGCAGCCCGUCUCCCUCUUCAUGCCCCAAUCUAACAUGGCUGCCCUGCAGGGUGGCAUGGCUGCCCAGGAGCUCCCGCAGACGGGCAUCUUCAGCACCCAGAAUGGGGUGGCAGGCCUGCAGACCACCACCUCCUCCCCCGUGCAGCAGCCAGGGUCUCUGUUCCAGACAGCAGUCAGUGGGACCCUCAACCAGCCCAGCCAGGCCCAGCAGCCAGGCCUCUUCCUCUUUGGGAUUCAGAACGGUAAGGAUUCAUGAUUAUGAUUUCUGUCCUUUUUAUCAAAUGUCAGCUUUUUUAGUAUACUCCAGAAAACAGUAUGAUGCUAACAUUUAACAUUUCAUGUGGCAUGUAGUCAGUGAAUACCCCUUUCUUCCCCAUACAGAGUGUGGCCAGCUGAUAAACUCUCCUGGAACCACUCUUUCUGAUCAGAUCAUUGCCAUCAGUCAGUCUGGUCAGAACCAGAGAGAGAGCGAGGCCCAGAUCCAGUCGCUGCUCAACCAGUCCAUGUCUGAGUCAGGGAGCAUGCAGAACAGCAUGACCGCCUCCCAGAACAUGGAGAAGAUAGAUGACCUGCUUGUCAGCUUGCAGGAGCAGGGCAACAACCUCACUCGCUCCUACUAG